ACAGGCUACAAGUUACAAGAGUUUAGAGCGAGUUAGUGAUCAACCAGUUGAGAUGGAACGGACCUGUCUUCUACUCUUGCUGUUGAGUACACUGGUAUACUGUAGCCUCGGACAAGGUGGAGAUCUCUCCUUUCCAGCCUCUCUGAGUGUCAGUCCUGACAGAUCUCAGUUCUUUGAAUAUGAGUCUGUCUCUCUGAGCUGUGAGGUUUGGGGGAACUCUGCUGGAUGGAGAGUGGUGAGGAACACAGGGAGAGGAAUCCUUUCAGAGUGUAAUACUGACUGGGGAGAACAACAGGGGUCUUCAUGCAUCGUGCCACUAAUACCAUCAGACAGUGGAGUGUACUGGUGUGAGUCUGGGUCUGGAGAACACAGCAAUGCUGUCAACAUCACAGUACAUGCUGGAGCUGUGAUCCCGGAGAGCCCUGCCCUUCCUGUGACUGAGGGAGAUUCUGUGACUCUGCGCUGCAGAUAUAAGAGAAUUCCCUCUAACCUCACAGCUGAUUUCUACAAAGAUGGAUCCCUCAUCAGGACUGAGACUACAGGAGAGAUGACCAUCCCUGCAGUAUCCAAGUCAGAUGAAGGACUCUACACGUGUACCAACUCUGAAAGAGAAUCACCAGAGAGCUGGAUGACUGUGACAGGUGAGAAUAUGAGAAACCUUGACAUUCAGAUUAUCUGGUUCUUCUUUACACUGUUAAGUGGUGCUGAAACCUGCAUUAUAAACUGGGUGGUUCUUCUUUACACUGUUAAUAGGUGCUGAAACCUGCAUUAUAAACU